CAGCGUGCGGCUGUGUAACCCGCACGGCCGACCGGCUUCAAGUGCAACUAAACGUGGCACAUUCUUGGCCACAGUCCAAACACAGUCAGGCCAAACAGGUGCGACAGUGGACGACAGUGCACUUAGUCAAUUCUGUGGCGUAAUUGUUUUAUAACAAUAUUUCUAUCUGCUCCACUUCUUCAGCCUGUAUGAACACGUGUUCUGAUUUACAAAACAUCCAUUUAAAAAAAUAUCUAUCUUGAACAUUAGAUGGCAUCAGAACAAAAACACACGUUUGUGUCCUCAAUGUCAGCAUUACGGAUUCAUACUGGACUACGCCGGUGCAGCGAGUAGAGUCAAUGUCGGGGUGAAAUUGAUGAUUGCCGCAGAAAAUCUUGGGCGAGUGAUGACAGUGUUAUAGGCAGACGGGCUGGAUGGCAAAUCAUGUUGGAUAACCAGACAGCCUGCUGAGGGCUGCGGCACCCCCCACACACACACACACACUCACUGAGAGGGAUGGGUAGAGGAGGCGGACAGUUAUAUAUCAGAGUACGACACCGUACAAUAGAGAAUAAGACAGUAAAUCAACGUCUAGAUAAGAUUACAGGAGCAGAUUACUAUUCAGGGUGGAAUUUAUUCGCGGAUUGGUCAACUGGGCGGAUUGGCAUUUAUUUAAUCAGCAACUAUUUUGGUAAUUGUUUGAUCCUGUGGGUUUUUAUUUUAUAAAUUUGUCCGUUGUUUUACUAGAAAAUGACACAAUCAGACUGUUUCAAGGGGAAUCACUUUGGUCUCUGGGAAGCUGGGAUUGACAUCUUUUUCAUUAUUUCCUAAUCAAAUUUAUGACGUCGCGCCGGGUGAUUGACAGGACACCCUGACCCGUGGGGAGGAGAGUGAAGGAGACCCACAUCCUCCAUCCACGCAGCGCUCACCACCGUCCAUCUCUGGGCCUCAACCGAGGUCACAAUCGUUGAAUACAUUACACUUCCUGCUGAUGCGCGUCCGCAGUCGGUGAGAUGUCUCUGGCCCAGAGGGUUUUAUUGACCUGGGUCUUCACCCUGGUCUUCCUCAUCAUGCUGGUACUCAAACUGGAUGGGAAGGUGCAGUGGAACUGGUUCCUCAUCUUCCUCCCAGUCUGGGUCUUUGACGGCAUCCUCAUCCUCAUGCUCGCCAUCAAGAUGGCCGGCCGCUGCAAGCCCGGGUACGACCCGCGCAACGGCUCCCCGGACCUGCGCCUGCGCGCCUGGUACUUGGCGGCCAUGCUGCUGAAGCUGGGCUUCUGCCUGACACUGUGCGCCAAGCUGGAGAAGCUGGCCGACGUGAAGCUGACGUUUGUGUGCAUACCGCUGUGGACCGUGUUACUGGGAGCGCUGGUGGAGCUGGGGCUCAACAUCUUCCCCGAGAGGAGAGAGGCCUGAGGGUGGCGGGGAGGGAUCGAACGUCAUCGUGAAUUAAUUACGACAAAAACAAAAAUUGUAUGACCGUUACUUUGUGAAACUGGAGACUUUGCUUUGGCCCGAUUGUUUCCAGAGAGGACUGAGACCCGAGAAGGAAUCGAACCAUCGCCUGACACGUUGAAGCUUAGGAAUAAUUGACUGUGUAAAAAUAGAAAUCAAAUGUGCGCAGAUCUCAGUCAAGUGUGCUGCUGCAUGUGAAUCACAGUACAUUCAUUUGAAAAAAAAACAACCCAACACCAAUCCAAAAACAGCUCAAAAAAAUGCCAUUACUUCUUUACAAAGAAAAAAAAAAUGCCAUACAGGGAUCGACUGCAUUUGUAUAAGACUACUGUGAAGCCUACACUGAGAAAAGAAAAUUGAACUUCCUUUUAAAGCUAGUGUUUAUUUUUUACUGUAAAUAAGCUCGCACUGCUGCUCUCUAGCAGGGGAGGAAGUUGAGGGAACCCUAACCCUAAUUUUGACCCCCCCACCCCAAUAUAACUUACCGCUCUUGGUACACACACACACACGUGCACCUUUCAUCGGCCUUUCAUUCCAGAGCUUUGGAGGAAGGUAGAAGGCCAAAUAUUAUUUUACAAGUUGUUGAUUAACUUUUAAAUGUCCAAGGUCACAAAACCCUUAUUUUGUGAAGUGCUUUAGUGAUUGAUGUUCGGGAAAAAUGUAUCACACAUGACGAGAUGAUGGUGAGUGAAAAGAUGAAGAUCCUGAUCUUUAUUGUAUAUUAUAUUUAAAAUGUCACUGUUAACUAUCAAACUACCACCAGUACGUUUUAACAUUUCGACGUCACGGUACAGCCCGGCUGACAGGUUUUUUUUGACAGCAGUGUGUGUGUGUGUGUCCUUGUCCUUUUUUGGUCACUAUCUUUUCUGACAUGAAGACAACAAUUUAUAACCGCACAGAACUGGACGUGUAAAUUGAAGGCUUCCAGUGGCUGUCGGAUGAUGUAGAAACAGGGACAGGUUAAACAAGAGUGCGCGCACGGGUCUGACCAAUGUUUUAUGUGAAGGAAAAAUAAAGUCAUAAACCCAAGACAA